AUGUCGCCCGGUUCUUUAAAUGGUGGAGCAGGAGCAGCCGCAGCAGCAGCAGGUUAUAUCGAUAGUAGUAGCGCCACCUCCAAUACAUUUCAAAUAGCCGCCAACGGUAUCAUGGAUUCAUCGAGAGUUUCAACAUGCCUCAUCUCGAUGCUAUUGAUUGUCUAUGGCAGUUUUCGCAGUCUCAAUAUAGAGCAGGAAGCCCGCGAGCGGGAGCUAAAGAAACGCAAUGAAUCGACAACGAAUUUACUGACGGGCGAACCGGUACAACAGGAAACGAGUAAAUUUGCCACAUUGGAUACAAUGCAUGCCCUCUGUUUGCCGUUGGGCGCCUCCAUUUCACUUUUAAUAAUGUUCUUCUUUUUCGAUUCAAUGCAACUAUUGUUUGCCGUCUGCACAGCAAUAAUUGCAACAGUGGCUUUAGCCUUUCUACUCUUGCCCAUGUGUCAGUAUAUAAUACGCCCCUGCACUGAUGGUACACGAAUCUCAUUUGGAGUCUGUGGACGUUUUACUGCCGCUGAACUAUUUAGUUUUACUCUAUCGGUGUCAAUUGUUUGUGUGUGGGUGCUAACCGGUCAUUGGCUGUUGAUGGAUGCUAUGGGCAUGGGCCUCUGUGUGGCCUUCAUCGCCUUUGUCCGUUUGCCCAGCCUUAAAGUAUCCACCCUGCUGCUAACCGGCCUUCUAAUCUACGAUGUCUUUUGGGUCUUCUUCUCGUCGUAUAUAUUUAGCACAAAUGUUAUGGUGAAAGUGGCAACACGUCCCGCCGACAACCCGGUGGGUAUUGUUGCGCGAAAACUUAAUUUGGGCAAUAUGGUGAAGGAGGCGCCAAAAUUGAAUUUACCGGGAAAACUGGUUUUUCCCAGCAUACACAAUACGGGACAUUUUUCAAUGUUGGGUCUGGGUGACAUUGUAAUGCCGGGACUGUUGUUGUGUUUUGUGCUGCGCUACGAUGCCUAUAAGAAGGCGCAAAUUGUAACGAACGAUCAAAUGCUACCACCGCCAAAGGGUGUCGGCUCAAGGUUGACAUAUUUUCAUUGUUCCUUAUUGGGUUACUUUUUGGGUCUACUUACCGCCACUGUAAGCUCUGAGGUCUUUAAAGCAGCGCAACCAGCUCUUCUCUAUUUGGUUCCAUUCACAUUACUGCCUUUGUUGACAAUGGCUUAUCUGAAGGGCGAUCUGCGUCGCAUGUGGAGUGAACCAUUUAUUACCCAACAACCAUCAAAACAACUGGAAGUCUGAGUGUUUUUCAUCAAACGAAAAUACUGUUUUUU